UUGAAACAAAGAGUUGAUUUUAUCUUUCUUCCAGGAUAUCCUCUUGGCCACCCUGAAGCUCCAUCUUACAAAGCUGAUCUUCUUUAUCUCAAAUCUAAGGUUGAUGCUGGCGCACAAUUUAUCAUUACUCAGCUGUUCUUCGAAGCUGAAGUUUUCGAGCAAUUUGUACGCGAUUGUCGCGAGAUGGGAAUUACGGUUCCUAUCAUUCCUGGAAUCAUGCCCAUCAUGGGUUACGACUCCAUCCGGCGGAUAGCAAAGCUUUCGCAAUUGACCAUUCCCGAAAAGGUACUUCUGGACUUGGAGCCUAUCAAACAUGAUGAUGAUGCGGUGAUGAAGUAUGGAACAGUCAAGGCCAUUGAGAUGUGUCGACGGAUUCUUUCGAGCGGAUCGGCACCUUCAAUACAUCUAUAUACUAUGAAUAGGGAGGGAGCUUGUCGGUAAGU